AUGCUCGCACCAGAAGCAUUCAAACAGCUGACCAAACCGUCCAGAUCCCCCGUUCUGGAGAUCGAUGGUAAGAGAUACACCGAGUCUGGAUUUCUUUUUGAGCUGUUGCUUGAAAAAUACAACAAUGUGUACACUUAUUCACCUGAGGAGCUGGAGCGUAUUAAGUUCUUUCUCCACUUCACUGAGGGUUCGUUGCAACCUCCAUUGGUGAUGUUGCUAGUGUCAUCAGCUGCGUCCACCCACGCACCCGUGUUCAUUAGAUUCGCCAUUAAAGCCUUCAUGAAUAAGAUUGACCAGGCGUACGCUUUGCCUGCUGCCGUCGAGAACUUUGAGUACCUGGAGUCUGAAUUGGAGACCCAUGACUAUUUCGUUAACAAUAAAAUUUCUCCGGCCGACAUCAUACUCAGUUUCCCCAUAAUGACCGGAGGAAGUCGUGUUGAAAACUUUGACGCGAACUACCCUCGCCUGGCCAAGUGGAAGCGUUUGCUGGAGGAGGACCUUGAUUAUAAGGAGGCUUCCAAGAGGGUUAGGGCUGCGGAGGAGAAGGCUUUCGGGACGAAACUGUGA